CUGAGGCCGGACAUGGCUGCCUCCUCCUCGGAUCAACAGGUCUGAAGGUAACGCGGCGGAACUUUCUGUCCGCUUCUUGUUUUCCUCCGGUACCGGACCGGCUAGUAGCUGCCGGUGGGAAACCCCGCCGGUGGGAAAACCCCGCUGUCAGCUCCGGUGUUCAUCAUGUCCACUCAGCAAGUGAGUAUCACAGAGCUCCUGCUCUCAUUGGACAGUUCAGAGCUGAAGGAGGCGGAGCAAGUCAGAGCAGCUGUCAAUCAACAGCUGAGUACAGACAGGGGGGGCGCUGUGCUGUCCUCUCUGGUGGACCAUUACCUGGAUUCAUCCUCCGCUCAGGUGCUGCAGCUGCUGUCAUCCAUCAGAGAGCCACACCACAAGCCCCUGCUGGAGAAGCUGAACGAGGCUCUGGGCAGACCAGGAUGCAGACUGGCGGCUCUGACGCUGCUGGGUCACCUGAUCAGGAAACAGCCUCCGUGGGUUCAUCACAUCAGCCGCUCGCCGCUGCUGCCGUCGCUGCUGCGCUGCCUCAAGACUGAGACUGACGUGGUGGUCCUGAUCACUGGAGUCCUGGUCCUCAUCACCCUGUUACCCAUGAUCCCUCAGGCCGGGAAGCAGCACAUCUACGACUUCUUCGACGUGUUCGGGCGCCUCGCGUCCUGGAGCUACAAGAACCCAGGUCACGUCCCGGUGGUCCAUCUGGUCCACCUGCAUGCAGGUGUGUACUCUCUGUUCCACCGUCUGUACGGGAUGUUCCCCUGCAACUUCAUCUCCUACCUGAGGCUGCACUACAGCAUGAAGGAGAACCUGGACACCUUCCAGGAGGUCGUCAAGCCAAUGUUGGAACAUGUCAGGGUUCACCCGGAGCUGGUCACAGGGACUCAGGACUAUGAACUGGACCCAUCCAGGUGGAGGUGUUUCGAGGUCCAUGACAUCAUCAUCGAGUGCUCCCGAGUGUCUCUGGAUCCUCUCGAGUCAUCCUGUGAGGAGGACAUGUACUCCUCGCCCCUCCCUCACCUGAACACUUCCUGUCUGUCAGACAGCAGCUCAGGAAGUUCAGUGUUUCCUCAGCUGCUGUCGGCCAUGCCCACCAACCCUCACAUACAGGCUGAUGAUGUCACAUGGAGCCCCUCCUCCCGGUGCGGUUUGUCGACGCCCCCUCCUGAACCUGCUGCUACAGGCUCCGCCCACCCACUGAGCAGGACCGCCUCAAUCUCAGGUGUGAGAUGUCCCUCCUCAGCGUCUGUCUCCGUGUCGCCACUGGCUGAAGAGAAUGCAGACGUUGUGACUGCUGACAUCAGCGACCAGGUGAAGCUACUCACAGAGACGGAGACCAUUCUGCCAAUCACAGAGAAGGAGAGGAGGGGCCACAGUGAUGUCAUCAGUCACAGCAGCGAAGACGUCAGCUCCCAGCAGCCUCCCGCCCCCCCCUCCUCCUCUCAGCCCCUCUUCCCCCCCUGCUCCUCCUCCUCCUCUCAGCCCCUCCUCCUCACCUCCACCCCCGGCCGGGACGAGCCCCCGUCAGGUUCCCUCCUCCCAUCUCCUGCCUCCUUUUCCCUCUGCUUCACCCCCCCUCACCCCUCUAGCUCCGCCCACAGGUCAGAGGAGGGAGGCCCCGCCCUCUUUGAGCCUGCCUCCUCCUGUCAGAGCCCCGCCCCUCUGUACGAGCCGCUGUUUGAGCUCGCUCUGCCCCGCGCCGCCAUGCUGCUCGUCAGGAGGAUGACCCAGGAGGUGCUGGAGAGAUCAGCGGCGGGGAUGGAGAAGGGUGGAGGAGAGGAGGAGGAACAGGAGGAGGAGCAGACCUCUGUCUCUCCUCUGGAGGUUUUGGAUCAGCUGAUCGUCCACGGACAUGACGCCCACCAGAACCUCGCGCGGAGGUUGUCAGCUGUGAGUAAGUCGGUGGAUCGGAGUCAUUUUGGAGGUAAACAGCAGAGCAUGAAAACCAAAGGCCCCGCCCAGGGGGAGGAGCUUCAGUCUCUGAGGAGUCAGCUGUUGUUGGUCCACAGUCAGCUGCAGUACGAACGCUUCAAACGGCAGCAGCACGCCGUCAGGAACCGCCGCCUGUUGAGGAGAGUCAUCAAUGCCACGGCGCUGGAGGAGCAGAGCACCGCCAUGAAGGGUCAGCUGAGCGUGCAGGAAGCAGAGAUUCGCUGUCUGAAGUCGAGUCUGCAGGAGGAGCAGAGACGAUACACACAGCUGCAGCAGGACACACACACACACACACACCAGCUUCACACACACAUCCAGCAGCUGCUGCUGCAACAGCAGGACGAGCAGAGAGAUGCACAGAGGCUGCAGAGCGAGCUCCAGGAGUGUCAGAGCAGGUUGAGGGAUGUGGAGGCGGAGCUUCAGAGAGCCAAUAACAAGGCUUACAAUGCAGAACACCAGCUGACCCAGCUGUCACUCAAGCUGUGCAGCAGUGAGCAGCUGCAGCAGCAGAUCUUCCUGUUGAACCAGCAGCUCGUCCUUCUGAGAGACACCAACAGAGCUCUGAGAGAACAGCUGGAGGCAGGAGAGACACACACACACACUGAGGCAUCCAUGCUGCAGUGCAGUGUGGGUAAGGAGUUCCAGUGCCUGAAGGACAGUGACGUGCAGCAGAGACAGAAGCUGGAAGCAGCCAAUCACAGGAUAGCAGAGCUGGAGGGUCAGCUGGCCAAGAGGGACCAGCUGAUCCUGGACCAGAAGACCCUGCUGGAAGACACCAAGGCCCAGAGCAGGGCGGAGCUGGCGGCGUGCGAAAGCCGCUGCGGUGCUCUGCGGCGAGUCACUCAGGCGCUCCAGACGGAGACGCUGCACCUGUACAGCCAGCUGCACCUGGACACACACGCCGACACGCACACACACAGCCGGCCGCAGGACGUCAGGCCGAACGGCGGCGGCGUCUUACCGGCUCCUCAUGGUAGCUACAAGCCCCGCCCCUUCUGUUCUUCUUCUGUGGGGAUCAUAAAUGGCGGCGUGGAGGCGCUCUCCACCUCCCCGCUGCUCCUCCCCUCCUGCUCCUCCUCCCCCCUCUCCCUCUCCCCCAUCGAGUCGCCGCUCGCCGUCGGAUCCUUCCUGGAGCAGCGAGCUCGCCAGCUGUUCAGGCCGACCAAUCGGAGCCAGGAGGAGGAGGAGCAGGAGGAGGAGCAGGAGAUGGAGGAGCAGGAGAUGGAGGAAGAGGCGCAGCCAGAGAGCCCUCCUCUGGGCCAGGAGGCAGAGGAGGCCACGCUCCUCGCAGGAAGUCCUCAGACAGAGCCGCCAAACCGAGGCUCCGCCCCCCCCGGACCGCCAGCACCGCCCGCUGACCUCACGUUCGCCGUCCGCCAGAGGAGACACGAGCUGAGCAUCAUGGACUAUGACGAGACGCUGCCAGAGUACUAAGGAGGAGCAGGAGGAGGAGAAGGAGAUAGAAGCAGUGUGAGUCAGGUGGAGGUGGGGAUAGAAUCAGCUGCUCCAGAUGUUAGCAGCCUAAUGCUAACAGCUGUUAGCAGCCUAAUGCUGCUGUUUUAUUAUGAACCUGGAAAUGUAGCAGAAUGUAUAGCUACAUUUAUUUUCACCUGAUUUCAAGGUAAUUUCAAACUUCUUUUUUUUACUGUAACAUGUUGUUUUUUUAGCUACAAAAAAACCCCAACAACAAUACAGCCUAUGUUACAGUAAAAAAAAGAAGAAGUUUGAAAUUAUCUUGAAAUCAGGUGAAAAUAAAUGUAGCUAACAGCAAUUAGCAGCCUAAUGCUAAAGGCCCAUAAAAACCUUCAGGUGUCUUUAAUUCUCCUAAACCAGACCUGUCGCGUCCCUUGUCCUGAAAGUGUUUCUGGUGAAUAAUAACUCAGUGGGUAGAUUGUCUCCAACAUAAAACAUGAGUUUUGAAGCUUUUCUGUGUCUUAAUCAGCUGCUAACCAGACUCAGAGGUGAUGGUCGUUCCUCCUCCUGCUGAUCGCAGCUUUGCCUCAAAGUCAUAAACAUGUUCAUUUGUGAAGCUUCUGCUGAACCAAAAGUGUCAGAAUCACAGGGCGGUUAGUGGAAGAGCUGAUCUGAAACACAUCAGGACCUUCAGUCGCCCCGAUAGAUAAAACCAUUAUUCUACAGACAGACUGAGGCUUGAGCUGACUGCUAACAUGCUAAGCUACAUGCUUUAUCUGAGCAGUUUGUGUCAAACUGAUUUCUUUCUACAUGUUAAACAAUAAUCAUCAGCUUUAAUCUGUUAUCGAGCUCUGGUGCUCAUUUUGAACAUUUGAUCUGAUUUAUGAUAAUAAUCUACAAAACGCAAUAAAUUCAAGAAAAAACACACAAAGGUGAAACUUUUCCUUUUGAUUUAAAACAGCAAAACACUUGUGACAUAAUAUUUAACAACAAUUUCUUUAUAUAUUUAAUUAUAUUAACAUACAGAAAAAUUGAAUGAAGCAAAACAAAAUAAUCGUUCAUUUGAAGAUUAAGUCAUGAAUUUAGUUCCUCUAAAACGUUUUAACAACAUAUAAAGACAAAAACAUGACUAUUAACUUUAUCUGCAGGGAAAGUGAUUAAAAAAUAUUUCAGUGCAGAAAUAAAUAGACAUUUGAAUCAUGUUCUGCUGUUGAAGCGACUAGAGGUCCAGAGUUACUGUCAGAAUCAGAUUAUUAACGCCAAAUAUAAGGGAAACUUUUACACUUUAUUCAGUUAAACAGCAGCUGAUGAACAUGAAACACAUGAAGCCAAAAAUGAAGCAUGGAAACACUAAAUGACUUUCUCAGGAAGUUCAUCAUGAUAAAUAACAGACUUGGGAUUAUUACAAAUAUUUUAUUUCUCCUCUGGAAGCAGCUGCACGUCGUCAUGUUUCUGAUAUCAAGUGCCAAUUUAUUCAGUCAUCUCCUGACGUUCAGAUCCCACAUCUCAUCUCUCAGACAGAUUAUUAUUAUUAUUAUCAUUUCAGAUGGUUGUGGUGUGACCAUAUAAAAGCCUUAAUAAUCAGCCAGUGAAGGUGUUUGUCCUGUGAUCCAGUAAUGAGCCUUAAUUAACUGGUUAUAAAUGUUCCUUAACGUUGCUCAGGUUCACAGCUCAGACGUCUGUCAGAGACGCUGAGCAGAAACAUGUUCAACUGCUGCUUCCUCACUCAUAAACUUCAUGAUCCUGAUGUCAGACUGACCCUCUAAACCUUUAAACCAAAGCUUCCGGCGACAGGAUGUGACGUCACAGACAGACCAAAGACGUCCUGUUGUGUUCAGGGACCUACUGUCUGUCAGGAAACUUCUGAGCUCGUUGUGUUUAAAGACGAAUGUAAAACUGUGAACAUGAGAAAUAAAAACUCCUAAAAUCUGA